CUCCGUGAAAUCAGUACCUUGGCCUCAUGGACCGUCUCCUCUUCCAAACCAGGCUGCUCAAUACCCCAGCUCCGGCAUGCCAACACAAACCUCUUCUGGCAAUCCGACGGUCCCCAACCACACUACCUCAACAUCCACUUCUUCAAGCUCGUCCGCAUAGUCGGUCUCCGCCUCUACCUCGACUUCGAGCAAGAUGAAUCCUACACCCCAACCCGCAUCAUCUUCCUCGCCGGCAGCGGCAUGAACGAUCUCCAAGAAUGGGGAGAAAUGCGGCUCGAAAGCCCCCGAGGCUGGAUCUGGGCCGACUUCUCCGGCGUCGGCGACAUGCCCACUUUGCGUUGCCAUCUCUUGCAAGUCAAGAUACUGGAGAACCAUCAGAAUGGCAAGGAUACGCAUUUGCGUGGUUUACAGGUUUUU